AUGGUCGCCCUCGCCCACGCCCGCGUCCCGUGCUCGAUCGCGCGCGCGCGUCGGGCGACGACGCCGCGACGGUCGGCGCGUCGCGUCGUCGUCGAGGCGGUGGCGAGACCGGUGGAGACGUCGAGGCAGUUCGCGGCGUCGGCGGCGUCGGCGGCGCUCGCGCUGAGCGCGACCCCGGCGCUCGCGGGCGAUCUCUUCGGCCCGGAGUACGCCGGUGCGGUCGCGGUGGGCGGUGGGAUUAUCGUCGUCGGUACGGGCGCGAUCGUCGCGCUGCUUUUGCCCUUCAUCACGGGCACGCUGAACCCGGUGCAGAUGGUGGUGAACCUGACCUCGGCGAACGCGAGCAACUUGCGCAAGUUUAAGCGCAACGGCGAGCCGAUGGAGCACGGUGGGAAGUUCGGCCACAAGUGGUACAAGACGGACGCGUACUGCAACGGCAAGUACAUCGAUUUCGCCGGCGUGCAGAAGUCGAAUGAGGCUGAGCAAAAGCAAAAGGCUCAAAAGGCGCGCUAG